AGCGCUACGUCGGAGGCGUGGCGCGGUGACGAAGGCGGAAGCGGAGACGGGGUGUGAGGAGGGUAUACCGGCGCUGACAGCGGCUGCGGCGCUGCUAUCUGCCCGCCCCUGCGGCGAGCCGGCUCCGCCAUGGAGGUACAAGAUGCUGUGCAAGAGAUGGUGGCUUCUCCUGUCACACCAGGAACAGGCAAAUCAAAGCUGGACACAUUGCCCAAAGAAGAUCUCAUCAAGUUUGCAAAAAAGCAAAUGAUGCUUAUACAGAAAGUGAAGUCAAGGUGUACAGAACUAGAGAAAGAAAUUGAAGAACUCAGAUCAAAAGCAGCUACUGGAGGAGCUGAUGAUAUUAUUCAGGCUCUAACAGAAAGACUGGAUGUUGUACUUCUGGAAAAAGCUGAAAGUCAGCAGCAAUGUGUAGCUCUGAAAAAAGAAAAUAUUCAGAGAAAACAAGAAGUAGAGGCUGCAGUGGCUAAGACAGAAGAAUUGCAGAAGCAACUGGAGCAGUCAAGUAUUGACUCUGAGAAAGAAAUUAAAGCUCUGAAGAGCGAAUUAGUAAAUGCACAAUCCAAAUACAGCGAGGAUUUAACAAAGCUGAAGAAAGAAUUAGAGGAACAAGUGAAGAAACAAAUGGGGCUUGUAGAACAAAUUGAAUGUCAUAGUAAUAAUCAAGAAGAAGUGAAAAAACUACAGGACGAUGUUCAGAGAAUUAAAUCUGCUUAUGAAGAGCAAGUUUUGUGUCUGAACAAGCAAUUGGAAACUGUGAAUGAUGACAAAAAUAAAGAAUUGGCAAAUCUGCAAGGAACUAUUAAAAGCAAUUCUCAGUGUUACCAUAAUGAAAUUAAUAACUUGCAUGAAGAGCUUAAAAAACUAAAGAGUGCCCAUCAGGAAGAGGUUUCAGAGUUGAUGCGUCAGAUUGAAAUAUCUUCGAAAGAAAAUGAAGAAAAGCAGAACCAGAUAAAUCAAUUGCAGAGGAAUUUGGCAGAGCAGGGUAUAAUAAAAGAGAAAAAUAUGGAGGAUGAAGAAUAUGCUGGUACUGACCAGCAUGAAUGUGACUUAGAGCAGUUAAGAGAAGUCCUACAUAAAAAUACAGAAAAACAGAUAGAUGUUGUAGAUGCCCAAGAAGAACCUUCUGUAGAAGCAAAAAUGGAAGAAAAGGUUAGAUACCUAGAGCAUAAUUUAGAAGAGCUCCAGUCUCAACAGAGUAUAUUAAAAGAUGAGCUAACCUAUAUGAAUAAUGUUAAACUAAAAUUGGAAGAAGAAAUCCAUCGCAUAAAGGAUGAAUAUUUUCAUGAGCGGGAAGACUUGGAUUUUAAGAUAAAUGAAUUGCAGCUUACUAAAGAAGAUUACUGCUGUGUAAUUGAAAAACUAAAAUCAGAGCUUCAAGCAGCAAAAGACCACUGUGCAAUUGCUGUAGAAGAGCAUAAAUUUGAAACUCAAGCUUUGAAAGAGCAACAUGAGAGAGCAAUUUCUAAACUAAAUACAACUUUGUUAUCUAAUGCUGAAAAAGAAAACAUGGCAUUAGUCUUUGAAAUGCAGGAACUUAAGGAACAACUUGAAAAGCUGACUCAGGAGAAAGAAGAAGCAGUGUCCAAUUACGACAGCCUGCGAGAAACACUGGAAACUCUACAGACUGAGCUAGGGGAAUCUGCUGGAAAGAUCAGCCAGGAGUUUGAAUCAAUGAGACAACAGCAAGCUUCUGAUGUUAGCGAACUACAACAAAAACUCAGGGCUGCUUUCAGUGAAAAGGAUGUUCUUCUUGAAACUGUAAAUCGCCUCCAGGAAGAAACAGAAAAACUGUCAUUUAAUCAGCUUGAGGUAGAAGAACUUAGAUGUAAAAUUGCUAGCCUUCAGGAGGAGAAUGAAGCUAUAACAAGCUGUGUCCACCAGAAAGAGACUGCCAUAAAGGAACUGGAAGAAAAAAUAGUUGUUCUUGCCAGUCAAAACCAGGAUAUUUUAAAUGAAGUAAAAUGCUCAGGUAAAGAGAGAGACACUCUUCAGGAAAGAUGCAAGCAAGAAGAAGAAAAAGUUCAGGAACUUCAGCAAGAAGUAGAUGAUAUUAACCAGUACAAUGAUGACCUGAAAAAAAAGGUAAAUGAAUUAACAGAGAAACUGAAUGAAGCUUCAAACAGGAAGAGUGAAAAUGCACAAAUGCUAGAGCAACUGGAAAACCAAAUUAAAUCUUUGGUGCGUGACAGAGAGGACCUUUCAUCUGAAGCAGAGAGUCUUCGUGAGGAAAAUAAGAAAAUCAUUCAGGAAAAAGGUAGAUUAAGCAAAGAGCUAGAAAAGAUUACAUCUGAAAAAGAAGCUUGGUCAGUGUUGAAAGAGCAAUCUGAACAUUUAGAAAAGAAACUACAAAUGAUGACUGCAGAAAAAGACCAUUUAUCAAUGUUACUUGAAAGUGAGCAAGCGCACAGAUCCCUUGUCAGAACUCAGUUGUACUGCUUAAUUGAGCAAGUGGGGUCUAGAGUUUCAGAUUCUGAGGAGGAAUGUGAUUCUCUUAGCUUAAUACAAACUGCAAAUGAAUGCUUGGCAAAAAUGAAAGAAGAACAAUGCCUUACUCUACAGAAUGAGGAGAAAGCUCUUCAUCUGCAGCAAGAAGUUGAGAGACUAGAGCAAGAAAUCGUAGCUCAAUAUACAGAACGUAGAUCUCUACUUGAGGACUUUGAAAAAGAGAAAGGUCUUCUAAGAGAAGAAUUGGAAGGAGCAUUGGCUGAAAAAGAAGCACUUCAACUUGAUAUCCAGGAGCUGAAGAAUGCCAGUGAAAAAAAAAGGAUUGAAAAUCAAGAUCUUUUGGUUCAUAUUGAAGAGAUCUCUCAAAAACUUGCUUUUUAUGAAAGUCAUCUACAAGAACAGCAAAAAGGAUCUGCUACAGAAAAACAAGGAGACCUAAAUUUCCUUCUGGAGCAAAAGGAAACUGAACUUAGAAAUAUGAAAGAUGAACUGAGUUCUCUAAAGGAGUUAAUGGAGACAUUGACUGGGAAGAAUGAUCAACCAUCUUCAGUAGCAGAACUUCAGGAAAAAAUUGGAAAUCUGGAAAAAGAAUCUGCAGAAAAAACAGAGAAGCUUAAUAAAAUAAAGGUUGUCGCUGUAAAAGCAAAGAAAGAAUUAGAUACCAGCAGAAAAGAGGUGCAGACUCUGAGGGAAGAAUUGGCAUUGGUUCGAUUAGAAAAAGAUCAGUUGUCCACUUCGAUGAAAGAUGUCAUUCAAGGAGCUGAAAGCUAUAAGAACCUUUUGAUGGAAUACGAUAAGCAAGGAGAACAGCUGGAUUCUGAAAAAGGCAGAGCAAAUAAUCUUGAACGUCAGAUAGAUGACCUCACAAGACAGCUACAGGUGUCAUCCCAACAGCAUGACCAGUUACAGUCUGCUAAUGAAGACCUCCUGGCUCGUGUUGAAACACUGCAAUCUAAUGCUAAGUUGCUGGAAGCUCAGAUACUGGAGAUGCAAAGAGCCAAAGCAAAAGUUGACAAAGAACUGGAAGCUGAGAAGCUUCUAAAAGAACAAAAAACAAAGGAGCAUAGUGGUGCUGUCAGAGAACUAGAGGAGCUUCAGAUGCAACUUCAGAAGGAAAAGAAGCAUCUCCAGAAAGCCAUGCAAGAACUAGAGCUGGCCAGAAAGGAUGCUCAGAAGAGUACACUGAUGGAUAUGGAAAUAGCUGAUUAUGAAAGGCUAGUAAAAGAACUUAAUCAGAAGAUCACUGAUAAAGACAGUAGAAUAGAAGAUCUUGAGCAAGAAAAGGUGAUUCAGAAACAGAAGCAAGAAACCCUACAGGAAGAGAUAAAGUCACUUCAAUCAUCUAUGCAACAGGAUGAGGAAAGAAAUGCCAAGAUAAAACAACUGCUCGUGAAAACCAAAAAAGAACUGGCUGAUUCAAAACAAGCUGAAAAUGACCACCUAAUGCUGCAAGCAUCAUUAAAAGGGGAGCUAGAAGCCAGUCAACAACAAGUGGACGCCUAUAAGAUUCAAGUGGCUAUGCUAGCAUCAGAAAAGCAUAAAGUCCAAGAACAUCUGCGAACUUCUUUGGAGCAACACCAGCGUACAUUGACUGCUUACCAGUUAAAAAUUGCUGCCUUGCAAGAAGAAUGCAGAACAGCACAGGUAGAACAAGCAACUGUUACUUCCGAAUUUGAGAGCUACAAAGUCCGUGUUCAUAAUGUUCUAAAACAACAAAAGAAUAAAUCUGCUUCUCAGACAGAAACUGAAGGAGCCAAGCAAGAAAGAGAACACUUGGAAAUGAUGAUAGAUCAACUUAAAGUUAAGCUACAAGACACUCAGCAUAAUUUGCAGAUCAAUGCAGCUGAACUCCAAGCAUUGCAGUCUGAACAUGACACCCUGCUGGAAAGACACAAUAAGAUGCUGCAAGAGACUGUUGCAAAAGAGGCAGAACUCCGAGAAAAGCUCUGCACAAUACAGUCUGAGAACAUGGUCAUGAAAACAGAGCAUGCCCAGACUUUGAGUCAGCUGACAGCCCAGAAUGAAGCUCUCCGGAACAAUUUCAGAGAUCAAGUCAGGAACUUGCAAGAAGAGCACAGGAAGACAGUAGAGACACUUCAGCAACAACUGUCCAGGGUAGAAGCCCAGUUCUUCCAACUCAAGAGUGAACCAAAUGCUAAAGGUCCAGCUGUUUCAAAUCCAGCAACGAAGAACUUAAGAGAACGGCGAAACACUGACCUUCCUGUUCUUGAUAUGCAUGCUGUAGCUAGGGAGGAGGGAGAAGGGAUGGAAACAACUGACACAGAGUCUGUCUCUUCUGCCAGCACCUAUGUACCAUCCUUGGAACAACUUCUGAACUCCCCAGAAGCAAAACAUGAGCCAUCUCAGUGGCAAACAGAGCUGACCAAGGAUGAACUGAUUCAGAAGCUAAACACAACAGCAAAGAGUGCUGAUCACUUGAAUGAAUUACUUCGUGAAUCAGAAGCAACCAAUGCAAUCUUAAUGGAACAAAUCAAGCUUCUUAAGAAUGAAAUAAGAAGAUUGGAAAGAAAUCAAGAGAGAGAAAAGUCUGUGGCUAACCUAGAAUACUUGAAGAAUGUUCUAUUGCAGUUUAUAUUUCUAAAAUCGGGAAGUGAGAGAGAGAGGCUUCUUCCAGUAAUAGAUACCAUGCUGCAGCUCAGCCCAGAAGAGAAAGGAAAGCUAGUUGCAAUUGCCCAAGGUGAGGAAGAAAGUACCGCACGGCCCUCCGGAUGGGCUUCGUACCUCCACAGCUGGUCAGGACUUCGAUGAGACAGUAGAAACACCCAGUCUUUAAAUAUAUUCCACAGUUGCACAAAGAGAAAUCUUAAUGUAGAGGAGUAACCCAUAGGUAUUUUAUGUUCUGACAGUAAUGAACUACUUAGUUCUCUUGUAAAUGUUUAAAAAUAAAUAAAUAAAAAAAAAGCUGAUGAUCAGAAGCAUAAUGAGAAGUAACAAAUUGAUUGUAAAUUACUUGGAAACAGAGUUUGACAAACCUGUGAAAGGUCUUGUGAUAUUGGUUAAAAACAUCAUUUAAUGUAGUAACUGGAAUAACUAGACUUUAGACUUAAAGCAUUUUGAAGUGUUUACAGUUUCUUUCACAUUUUCCUUCAUCUUACUACUCUGUAUGGUUCAUGCUACUCUCUGCAUGUUGAAAAAGCUAAAAAUCAAGGUAGUUCCUCUCUGUAGUGACACUUCCAAAAUAUAAGAUUAUUUCAGAACAGAAACAGUAUUUUUCUGUUUUGGCUUGGCUGAAAAUUUAGUCUUGGUUAUAUUUUUGUGCUAAAGGUAGACUGAAAAUAGGAAGGCAAUGGUCUACAAAAUGUCACAGCUGCAUAAAACUUUGUAAUGCCUGACACAUCUAGGGUGUGGUACUGUAGUAGAGAUUAAUGGCAUCUGUGGAAGUCCUGGGAUAUUACUCCAAGAAUCAGAGGUCAUAAGUGAGCUGUAACUUCAGGAGAAGGGGCUUAAGCUAUGACUAUUAAGCCUGACGUUGGAAGUUUGUGUUUAAGACCAGGAAGAGGUGUAGCAUCACUCUUUAGUGAUACCUAUGCUUGAGUGAAAUGACUGCUCAUACCAGCUUAGUCAUACAGAGACACUAAGGGAAGAGCCUCAACUUUUAGGCCAGCUUCCUAAGAAUAACUUCUGAGAGAAAAGGAAAGGGCGUUUGCCAGUAGGUAUACGAUUAAAGAAGUUACAUCCUUCUCUCUCACUUCUCCAUGUUUGCACACAUCUCGUUUGCACAACUCUUUUUGCACAGGUGAUUUAGGCUCUGUUUCAGGUUCUUCAGUGGAAUAGUGGGGUUUUUUUAAGAAAUAAUACAUUGCCUCCAUAGAAUUAUUUCUUUUAUUAUGAACACAGCACUUUUGCUUCGGUUGUCUUUUUUCCUUUCUUACCCCUGCUGCCUUUCAUUAUCUUAAUUUAUUUGUAUAUUACAAUAUACAAUACCUGCUACAUACAUACACCUGCUAAUACAUCCUGCUCAUCUUCCAACUGGAGUCUUUUUUAAUUUUUUCAUCACUUCUUUAUUUUAAUCUCCUCUGUGCUGUUUUACAGUGUUAAAUCAUUCCUUGUAAUACAUACUUAUACUAAAUGAUGUUCUUUCUUUCCUAUCUGUUCUAGUUGAGGCCCUGAGGAAAUCAUGCUCACUUCUUAAAUAUUACCUUAUUCAGGACUGAGAUUAAUCUGGGUAUAAGAGCAGAAAAAGUUAGCUCACUUUGAGAAUAAACUGUUCAGCAACUGCGCUUUUGGCUUCUUCAUUUUUUGCUUCUUAUGUAUAUUUCAGCACUCAGUUGACAAAGCCAAAGGACUUUAUUUAGAUAUUUUAAUUAUUUUCCACACGGUUUUAAGUACCUUCCCUUCCCACCAUGUGCUCUAACUGGAAACACCCGGUGUGGACUUUCAGAUCACGGAACUGACAUUUGGCAGAGCAGGGAUGAGUCUUUCAGGCAUCUGCAGCUUGGAAAUGUAGGUAGCAAACAUCAGGCUACGUUUGGGUCGUCUUUCACUUGCUUUUGAAACCAUAACCAUAUCUUCAUCAUUCAUGACUUGCUGCAGAUCUCAGAUGUUUAAUUCCAAACUCUUCUAAUUUGCAUCUGGAUUCCAUUAAUGUCAUUUAAAAGUAUGCCAGACCAGAGCUAGGGGAGAGGGAUUUCAAAUAUGCAUAAAAAAUAAGUGCAACUCAUUCUCCUGCUGCGAUUUUAACAAUGGAAGCACAUGGGUGAAAUGGUACGACUUUAAUUUUUUUUAAAUUCAAAUUCAGUUUGCUGCUGACCUGAUUUAGUCUCUUCUGCACGAUGUCUGCUCAACUGUCUUUAAACAGCUGUGACAACUUCUUUUAAAAUGCACAUAUUUCAGAGCUAUAGAUUAUUUAACAUUGUAAACUGUGAAUAAAUGUAUGUAAGUAGCAUAUAUCCCUGGCUGUAUUAAGUACCAGUUGCUUAUCGACUUUCUUCAGGUUAGAGUUGCAUGCUCACUGAUUUUAGUAAAACUCAAGUAUUGUACUUCUGAAUGUAAUGGACACCUCUUGCAUUACUAUAUAUAUAUGUAUUUUUUUUUUACUACGGAAGUUUAAGGUCUUGAAAGAUUAAUGUAAAAAUAUUUUAAUAACUGCUACUAAACUGUAUUCUAUAGCUAAAAUUGCCAGAACUUGCCUUUGUGGCAACUGUCUGAAGAAAGCAAAUAUAUCAAGGUUUAAAGUGCACUUGCAGUAAAAGGCAUAGAAGAAUGUCGACUGGAAGCAGGAUUAUUUUGCAUAGCAAACAUUUUAUAUUUCAUAUAUUUGCAUUUGUAAUGUAUAGCACUCUAGCUGUGAUUUGCUGAAAAAAGUAAUCUAAAAUUAUAACUAGUACUGCUGCUCCUUAUCAUAUUGUGGUGCUCUUUCUUGGAAGAGCAGUGUCUUUGCUUUCUGGUUCCAUGAUUCUGUUUUUUACAGUGCCAUAGUUGUUAGGAUGUUUCCCAGAAAAUGUAACCCCUGCCCAAAGAGUUUACAAGCUUAGGACCAAAUUUUAUUCUUCUCUCAGCCUGCCUUCAGCCCAAGCCUAAGGAGACCACAGUCACUAAAAAAAAAAGCAACCCUAGCUAUUGUCACAGUGUAGAGUAUAUGUAGAAAAGUAAAUAACCAAAAAUGAGAGGGCUUCUGAGUUCCCAGGCCUUCGGUGUGCGCUGUGGCUGUGUUUUAACUACUUGUACUGGACUGGCAACAGUAUGUGCCUUCUGUGUUCUUCCUUUCCUCAGAAGGGAUACCCCUCUGUGCAAGCUAAAUAUGCUCCAAAAAAAAAAACAGGAAGACAAGAACUUGUGAGGCUGUAGUGUAGAUGUGGCUCAUUGGAUUUGGGGUUCAGUGAAUGGCCGAAGGGAACCAGUAUUAGAAGUCGUACGUGGCGGGGAAUAGAGGUGCUUCCCUCUCUCCUUUUCUCAAAGCAUAAUUGAGAGAUUAUGUGGUUAGAUUAUGUUCUAAAACUUAAUCUUCCUUUCCCUAUCUUCCCUCCAUCCUUUUGCUUUGAUAACAAACAACAUAUCCUGAAAUUGUGGAGGGAUCUUCAGAAACUCUCGUGUUUGUAAGGAUGCUCUAAGAGAGUCUGAAGGCAGUUUUACCACCUACACUUUGGCUUAUGCCUUGGGUUCACCUCGUGCACCAGUAUUUCCUUAACUUAACCUAACCUUAACCUAAUAGUUCUACUAUUGCUGGUACUGUGAAAAUGCCUCCCUUCAGAACCUUGCAAACAGCAGUUACUGCCCACCAUCUGAGACACCAAAUGUGUAAAGAGGUAAAAAUAAAUAUUUGUUGCAGUAAUUUCAGAAUUACUAGUCUGACUAUUUAAAAGUCCUUUGGUUGAAAACAAACAUGACUUUCAAAGCAGUGAUGUCCUUUCCAUGUGGCCAUCACUUCAAUAAAAUUCAGCAUUACUCA